AUGCUACUCGAGAGGGAAGACAUCGAUGUCAACUGCCAAAAUGGUAGUGGGAAUACCGCACUCAUGUUGGUAGCUUGGUAUGGGCACGGGGCGAUUUUCAAGAUGCUACUCGAGAGGGGGGACAUCGAUGUCAACUGCAAAGAUGGUGAUGAUGAGGACAUCGAUUUCGAAUCGUCUACUGAUUUGUCCCAAUCAAUAAAAGAUGAGUUAGCUGCGAGGUCCAAUACAGCGAAGGGGUUCAAGGCAGUCGGCGUGGAUUGCGUUCCGUCAGAGGGAUCAGCUUUUUUGGUUGGGGAGACAGAAAUGUAG